AUGAGUGAGCAAGGCCAACACGUGGAAGAAUGGAUUCGUCGUAAUCCCCAUGGACUGCAACCGCUCAGCACCUUUCCGGAGGACUAUCCUCCAAUGGGACGCCUAAACUACAAUGUGCCACCUAUUAAACUAACCUUGGAAGACUCCCCCACCGCCCUCAUUCCCGAGCCCUUCUGGCACGGAUACACUGGCGCGAGGACGCACUUCGUACAACAGCCAAUGCCAUCAAAUGCACAAUUCCUUCUGACAGGAGGCUACGCUCCUCGGCGGGGAGGGGUGAGCGCCGUUGUUACUGAAUCGCCGAAACCAGUCCACGACCUACCUCCUAGUGUGCCUUGCAGUACGGUGACGGUAGCUGCAAUGGCAGGGAAGGACUCGAUGACCACGGUUAUACGGCCGCAGAUACACCCGAUUCAGGUGGAUGUAUCUGACUCCCGUCUGUGGCGCUUUGACGGCCGCGAUCACACUUUCAAGACAGUCUAA